AGAUGGAGGGAGGCUUUUCUUGGCAAAUCUGUCCUGAGUGUCCCCCAGGGACCAGGGCUGGGUGGAGGGCACGGAGCUUCUGAGAUUUGCUGGCUGAAGAGUCCUCGGGCUCUGGCCAGAGCCCGCUGUGUAGGAGACACUCUACACCGGGUUGCUGACCUUGGCGGGAAAGGAGAGAUCAAGCAUUUAUACUCAAGAAUGGGUCGCUUGAAGUGGCAGCACUCUGGGGAGACUCAGUAAACGUUUGCUGAGCCAGUGAGAAAAGAGAAGUGACGGAUGCCGACCAUGGCCAAGCAGAGCUGUAUCAGGACCAGCACAGAAAUUCCUGACUCUCUGCAUAAUUCAACACCAGAAAAACAACAAGGAACGCUGGAAAACAUCCACCCCAGCCCCGUUGUAAAAAUAGGGCCCAUCUGUCCUGGAGGGCUUAGAGUGACGCGGGCCUGGAGGCAGGGGCCUGGCCAGGAUGACCUCUGGAGGCCCCUCCCAGCUCUAGGAUUCCAUGACUCUAUGACAUGGCCAGCAGUCUGGAGUGGCGGCAUGAAGGUAUGCCCCGUGGAGAGCAACAGGAGGGCUAAGUCAUCUACCUCCUAAAGACAGAGCCCAGGUAGCCAGGUUCCGCGUGAGCUCAUAGCAGGUCAACGCCACAAAGCUCAUUUGCCCAGCAGCGGGGAUGAUGUCUGGACGCCUGGUGAGCCGUUCCAACACUUCCAGACGCCUGAGCCAUGCCAACAACCUGUCCUCCUCAGCCCAGACUCCAGGCUGGCCCCACAGCCCCACCAUGACCCGGGCCAACAGUCUCAAACGUCCCCGCACCCCGAGUGGCUCCGAGUUCAGCAGGUGCAGCAGCCCCUCUGAGCAGUCCGACAGCCCUGGCUCCCCCAGGCUUCCAUUGAGGAAAAUCUGCAUGGGCCGCCCCUACAACUCUAAGUGUGUAGAGACCAGCCACCUCGCGAACCGCCCCAAGGUGUCCAGGAGGCCCGCUUGCCGCGGCAGCCCCGGCUGCCUGCUCUGUACGGAUCGCCCCUCGGGCCCCUAUAGCCCCACCUUCCUGGACCAACUCAUCAAAGGCAUCAACUACCUUGACAGAUCCACCAAUGCCAUCUAUACCCACUGCCCCAAGUCAUCCCUGAGCCUGCCAAGGCUUGCAGCCAGCUACCUGGAGCGCGCCGCCAACUCCAUCCACUUGGACAGCCCAGACCACUCCUUCCCCCGCAGUUACUCCACCCCGGUCACCAGCGUGGCUGCCUCCGACCCCUGCACCAGCACAAGCAUGGUGCCGUCCACCAGGGGUGUCAACACCCUGCGGUGCUUGGAUGACUCUGCCAAUACCAGCUACCCACGCCGGCUUCAGAGCCGGAGACUCGCGCCUGAGCUGCCCCAGAGGCCAGGCACAAAGCUGCCCGAGCUGCCCUUGUUCAGCAGUGGGAUCUUUUCCUUAGGCCGUCUGCCCAAGUUCUGGGAGGCAAUCCGCUCGGGCUGGAGAGCCCCUGAGCCCAUCUCCAAACCCUGUAGCUGGUGGUAACAUCGACCGUGAAAUGCGUACACGUCCAUCAGGCUGCAGUUGUAGAAAAUAAAUUGUGGCAACAUGCUC